AUGGUCCGCCAGCAGUCUCACCUCGUCCAGAAGCUAUCGCCUAUCAAUCCACGAUAUCAAAAAUCUUCCCUCGCUCGCUAUGUAAAACAGCCACCAAAGUCUCCUCUCGCAGCUAUACAUCCGUCUGCGAGAACGGCACGCGUUAAGCUGCAGAACGCGAACACAAACCGCUUUCUCAGGAAUCGCACACAGCUUUCUACUAUCCAUGAACAGCCUCAAGAAGAAGAGGAAGAGGCAUACGAUCAUUCAUACGAUCCUUACCGAGGACUCAACACAUUAGAGCGCAAUGAGGAACGCGACCUUCGUAAACACGCUAGUGAGGAGGAAGACAUGGAUUGGGAUGACGAAACGACACUUGUUGCUAUGCUACAUGACGUCACCCCUGGAGAAGAUGAGGAUGAGAAACUUAUCGCUCUGGCAAACAAACUCAAAGCACCGAUGUCUGCACAAAACACUGCGAUGAAACAAUACCUCGCGGAGACAAUCGUGCCAGUGAUCACGCACGUCAAGGAGCUCCAUGGAACACUUGAGGACAAGGUCGAUCUGGCUUUUGGGGCUGGGGUAAUUACAUUUGAUAAAGUCUGCAAGAAAGUGGAGACUAUGGCACUCCAUGACGAAGACGAUCUAAAGGUUACGUAUGCUGAUGUCCAGGGCAAUAUGAAACGAUUAGUCGACGAAUUAGAGCAAGCAUAUACUCGUCGCGAGGACUUGUGGACUACUCUACAAGAGGACGUCGAUAAAUGCGGUGACUAUCACCAUCCCUCGCCUGUUUUCCCAGAAUUUUAA